AUGAUAUUCUCUUCAUGGGUUGUCACUUUGCUGAGUUGCACUCUGGCAGCCCAGGGUACUCUCGCGAUCACCGUCAAUAUCGAUGAUCUAAGUUCCCUAAAAUCAGCCGCCAAGACCGUCGCUUCGGAUAUGAUUACUUACUACAAUGACCGAGCCUCCAACAAUAUUCCAGGAAAGCUGGAUGACACAUGGUGGGAGGGUGGAUCGAUGUUCAUGAUUCUCAUCCAAUAUUGGUUCUUGACUGGCGAUACUCAGUUCAAUAAUGUGGUCCAAGAUGGCAUGUACUGGCAGAAAGGCGACGACAACUUCUUCCCAUCCAAUUACAGCCAAUAUCUCGGUAACGAUGACCAGGUCUUUUGGGGUUUGGCCGCUAUAACAGCCGCAGAACUCAACUACCCGGAGCGUACCGGUCAACCUUCUUGGCUUUCCUUGGCUCAAGGUGUCUUCAACACACAAGUUCCCCGUUGGGAUACAAGUAGCUGUCAUGGGGGUAUGCGCUGGCAGAUCUGGCCCUAUCAGGCAGGCUACCAGACCAAAAAUGCGAUUUCCAAUGGAGGACUCUUCCAGCUCUCGGCACGCCUUGCUCUUUAUACUAACAACGACACGUAUGCGACCUGGGCAGAGCGGAUUUGGGAUUGGAGUGCAACCACUCCACUUCUCCGAAAGACCUGGGUGAUUGCUGACAGUACCAGUCCAGAAAGCCAAUGCACAGACCAUGGCGAUUUUCAAUGGACGUACAACUAUGCAACUUACAUCAGUGGUGCUGCCUACAUGUACAACUACACCAAAGGGGACCAAAAAUGGAUGGAAGGAAUCACCGGCUUGAUCAAAACCUCGGAUCAGUUCUAUCCAACAGGCAAGACCUUCGAUGACGCGGAUGGUAAAAUUCUCAGUGAUAUUACCUGUGAGCCGAUUGGGAAAUGCGAUCGAAAUCAGAUCACGUUCAAGGCAUACUUUUCCUCGUGGCUUGCAUUCAUGACAACAAUUGUGCCUGACACAUAUGAUCUCGUCAUGCCGAAGCUGAAGACUUCAGCACAAGCCGCAGUCCAGACCUGCACUGGACUGAGUAGUGGCACCCGUUGCGGUAUCAAAUGGUACGCGCAGAGUUGGGACGGGACUGAUGGAUUGGAGCAGCAAAUGGCGGUACUGGGGGUACUUAAUGCGAAUAUGGUUCAAUCCAAGGACCAGGCGCCAUUUACUUCUGAUACCGGUGGUACUUCUAAAGGCAAUCCGAGCGCUGGCACAAACAGCUCUGACGAUGAUGUACCGCAGCUCAACACGGUCAACACUGGCGAUCGAGCUGGUGCUGGCAUUCUUACAGCUGUCUUCGUCACUGGGUGGGUUCUAGCUGUCACCUGGAUGAUCCGAGGAGGUUGA